GCAUAGCAUAAAUUUGUGCUAUUUGAUUUUCAUAGAGGUCUAGAAACAUUUGCUAGUCGCACCAUUUUAUUAUUGACGCCAUUUAUGUUUACGUAGCUAGCUGGCUAGCAAGCUGUCAACUGCCGGUCUCUCGCAAAAUAUACUAGAGAACGUAGUAGUCGGUAAUAGUCAGCGAAACCAGAAGGAUUGGUCAUCCGUGGUGCCUAAUUUUUGUUUUGUGUCUGGUCUUUAGCAAGAUACUAACCUGGGGAAAAAUUGAACGAUUUCCAAUUCGAAAGCAAUUCAGACCGACGAGACAGCAACACGAUCGCUACCACGCAACAUCGAUAGCAGCUGAUCAACUAGCUAUUUGUGCAACACCAACAACAUGUCCGAGGGCCUUGAAACCGGCGAAGAUCCAACUGUGGUGAAAAUGAAGGAGUACGGAGAGGUUAGCAGCGAGGAGCAGAUACCGACGGCUGCAGAGGGAGAUCAGGCAGGAGAAUCCGAGGGCUCAAAGAUUGAUGCCAGCAAAAACGAAGAGGAUGAGGGGUGACUGUGACCGCUAGCAAACGUUCGAUAACUCAUGUUCCCGAUAUGGCUAGUUAGCUCAGCGUUGAAGAAGGGACAAGUAGCUAUUUUGUUUCAUAAUUUUGACAUUUCCUCGCAUCGUUGGGUAACUUCUAUGAGGUAUAACUUGUUGAAUGCCAGUACCUAGCUAGCUAAAUGUCUCAGAAAUGAGGAUGGAUGGAUGGUACCUUAGGGUAGAUCAGGUCACUGUUGUUGUGCAACUGUUGUGGCUGUCACAUCCUUCAGCUCUCAGGCGAUGAUGCUUGCUAGAUUUAGAGUUGUGUAUGUGAGACAUUGAUGGAGAAAUGAUACAUCAAUCACCACAUAAUAAACGAGAAUAGAAACAUUGUGUUGAAAAUUUACACACAGCACUUACACACAGCACUUACACAAACACUUACCCCACCAGACAUGCCACCAGGGGUCUUUUCACAGUCCCCAGGUCCAGAACAAAUUCAGGGAAACGUACAGUAUUAUACAGAGCCAUGAGUGCAUGGCAGCAAACCUGCUUUAAAAAAACAAAUAAAGCAACACCUCAUGCUCCCCCAUGUGAUCUACUUGUGUGUAUGUACUGACAUGUAUGUGUAACUGAUAGAUAUACACACACACACACACACUACAAGUUAAUGUUUUUAAAUGUAUGUCAAUUGUAAAGUAUUUAGUCUGUAAUGUCUUUUUCAUUGUGUUGGACCCCAGUAAGACUAGCUGUCACCAUUGGCGUCGGCUAAUGCGGAUCCUAAUAAAUCACAUUUAAAAAAUCCUUUACAUCUUGUAAAAGCUGCUGUACAGCAUUAUCCAAUGAUGCUCUUGCUAAUUAUCAUAAUCAUAGCUCUAAUGAUAACAUUGACCCUAAACCAAGACUUUGGCUGUGUUCCCUCUCUAAUGUAAUGGCUUCAACUCCUUUCUUCCUUUCCUUCUUUCCCACUGAUGGGUGAAAGGAAAGCAGAUGAGAAAGGGAAUUGGAACACAGACAGAAUCCUUGUGUUGGGAAUUGGUAUGCAGAAUUUAAAAUGUCUGUAUCUGCACUGUCUUUAAAUGCAGGAAAAUGUUUGUUGGUGGUCUGAGCUGGGACACAACAAAGAUGGAUUUGAAGGAUUACUUCUCCAAGUUUGGGGAGGUGGUAGACUGCACCCUGAAACUUGACCCCACAACAGGCCGGUCCCGGGGGUUUGGCUUUGUCCUGUUUAAAGCAGCUGACAGCGUUGAUAAGGUAUUCCUGAUAGUAUAUGUUGUGAAUAUGGCAUGGCAGCAAUGGGAUGUGAAUCUUUUCUGCCCAAUCAGUUUCUUUAUUAUAUAUUUUUUCUGUGGCUUGUCUCUGAUAGGUGGUCUUACAGAAGAACCACAAGCUGAAUGGGAAGGUGAUCGACCCUAAGAAGGCCAAGGCCAUGAAGAACAAGGAGCCCAUCAGGAAGGUCUUUGUGGGAGGUCUUUCUCCAGACACCCCCGAGGAGAAGAUCAGAGAAUACUUUGGUACCUUUGGAGAGGUAGGCUACAGUAGACUUUAAUUUUACAUUGUCAGAUGUUCUUUAGAGGGUUUGCCGUCUGGGUGCCAUUCUGAAUGAUUGAAUCAGAUCAGUCCAAAGUAAUUAUCUGAACGAGCUGUUUGUUUUCUCACAGCCUGUGUGUGCAAGUCGACAAAACAUGAAAACCUUGUUGAAUAAUUGAUUAUUCUAUUUCUGAAUUCUUUCUGUGAACAGGUGGAGUCCAUUGAGCUCCCCAUGGAAACCAAAACCAACAAGAGACGAGGCUUCUGCUUCAUCACCUUCAAAGAGGAGGAGCGAGUGAAGAUGAUCAUGGAGAAAAAGUACCACAAUAUAGGAUUAAGCAAGGUACAUCAUGGCCUCCCUUGCCAAUACUUCCCACAGAAUAUGUUUGGUAGUUCAAAAACAUUUUGCCUUUGCAUUCAUUAUAUGUUUUUCAGAUUGCAUUUCCUUGCCAGGACCAGUUGGUGAUCUAUUUCAUUAGUGUCAUUAAUUAGAAUGCACUGCAAUGUUAUGUCAGUCAGAGUUGCAGCUUUAAAGCAUGGUUAUGGCCAUUCUUUGUUCCUGUCUUCAGUGUGAGAUAAAGGUGGCCAUGUCCAAGGAGCAGUACCAGCAGCAGCACUGGGGAGGAGGAGGCAGAGGGGGAUACUCCUCCAGGCCUCGAGGCAGAGGGGGUAAGUUUGCUGGAUAGAAAUUGUAAUUUCCUGUACCAAUAUUUUUCAUAUAGUAAGUAGUACUGUAUUACGUUUGAGUAAUAAUAUGUAUGAUGUUGUUAAUUGUUCAAUCAUGUUUUUGUGGUCAAUUAAAUAAUACCAAAUGGGCAAUCUGGUGUAUUUUAGGACCCAAUCAGAAUAGUUGGAACCAGGGUUAUGCCAACUACUGGAACCAAGGUUACGGAAACAACUACAGCAAUAACUACGGCAAUUAUGGCUACAACAACCAAGGCUAUGGAUACUACGGUGGCUAUGACAACUUUGGUUACAACAACUAUUACGGUGGAUAUGGUGACUACAGCAGUAUGUAAUCUUUUUGAUGAAAGCACACUUUAACGAAACAAUGUACAUUCACUAUGGCUCUACAGUACGACCAUAUUACUCGCAUAUGCUCCUAAACAUUUUGCUGUGCGACCUGGAAUUUAAAUUUAGGAGCACCCGUGCGCCCAGAAAAAACACACCCAGAUUAUAAUUGUUGCAGUGAGUUGUGCCAUGGAGAAUACACUGAGCGCAGAUUCAUGACCGUCAUGCUGGCACCAUUACCUCAAAGAAAAUGGCUUGUUACCUCAAAUAUUUUUCAUUGUGCUCCUAAAUUUCUUUGUGUGCUCCUACAUUUUUCAACUUAGGUGUGCUCCUUGUAAAAAUGCAUGUAAAUAAUGUGUAUAUGUGUAUAAUUUGUUUUGUUUUGUAUUCAGUUAUUGUAUGGCUUAUAUUUUUGUAUUUGACUGAAAUUCCUACGUGCUGUACAUAAAUAUAAAAAUAAUGACAUUAAAACCAUUAAAACCAACAAUAUUGUUAAAAACGUAUUGCCUUUAUUGAUUGUUUUCCAUUUCCUAAAUUACUAAAUAUUCAACACAACAAAUGAAAUAUUUAAUCAUAAUAAUAAUAAUAUGCCAUUUAGCAGACACUUUUAUCCAAAGCGACGUACAUGGAAAAUCAUUGAUUUUGAAGAUGUACUACUAUCUUCAAACCAUCUUAUCUAAGAGUUAUAACUAUCGUAUACCAAAGUAAUUGUUUUUUUUCUGUGUGUUUGUGUCUGAUCAGCAGACCAGCAGGGUGGUUAUGGGAAGUCCCCCAUACGAGGUGGUCACCAAAACAAUUACAAGCCAUAUUGAUGUGACAGUCGUUCCACAGACAUAGACAGGUUUGUUUCUAAGUCACCUAAGUCAAGUACAAUGUAUCUACCUCUCUGUAUAAUAAUGAUAUACCUGCAUAAUGUUUUUCUCUUUAUAGUUUUUCACAGCACCUGAAGUGCUUUACAGUAGUGGUAACAUAGAGGCUACAGUCUUUGAAUUAUUUUAACACCCGGCCUUUUGCUGCCUCUUAUAAGCUAUUUUGUAUGUGUAAAGUUAACGGGUAAAGUACUACAACAGUAAAAUGGAUACCAAGAGUUACGGAUUUACAAGGAAAAAGAGAGUGAAAGCGAGAGAAAAUAAGAAUGUUGUCUCCUAACUCUGACAUAUACCUUGUUUGUACCUGCCAGCGGAGCUUCCUUGCAGGCCAUGAGCUGACCUCCCCGGUACUCUCUGGCCCGCUCAAUGCGGACCAGGUACGGGAGGCGUACACUCUCGAAUGCUGCCAUUUGGAAUGGUCUUCCAACAUCCUGUCUCAACAUUGUGAACAAAAACUAAGUGGGACAAAAUGUCCUGCUUUGUCCUCUUCUUGAUUUUUAUUUUUUAUUUUUUUUUUGUAAUGUAAAACUGAAAUACAACUUAUGUCAUUUUAAUGCAAUUUUUUACAGGCCCUUUACUCCCCCGUCAAGUAAUGGUAAAAUACAACAUGAUACUGAGAAAAUAACUAUUUACUUUUCAAAGGACACAGCUUUCCCUGGACUUUCCAGUGUCUUUCAAUAUAUGCAUCAUCCCUAAUCAUACCUCUAAUUCUUGCUUUUCUUUAUUUAGCUCUUGUAGCAGUAAUAGCCAGUAGUUCAUGAGCUAAAACCUGGUUUGGUGAUCCCACUACGUUGGAGAAGUGCGUUACUUUUGUAGUUGUUUGCUUGUGUUACUGACAGCGGUGGGAAAGCUUCUCCUUUAAACGUUGUUAAUUCCUCUAACAAAAUUCUCUUUUUAACCUUUUGAGGAAGUAUCAAAGUACACUACAUUACCAAAAGUAUGUGGACACCUUCUCGUCGAACAUCUCAUUCUAAAAUCAUGGACAUCAAUAUGGAGUUGGUCCCCCUUUUGCUGCUAUAACAGCCUCCACUCUUCUGGGAAGGCUUUCCACUAGAUGUUGGAACAUUGCUAACCACGAUCGAUAAUAGACAGUACUGUGCAGCCGUCUUCAUCGACCUGGCCAAGGCUUUCGACUCUGUCAACCACUGCAUUCUUAUUGGCAGACUAAAUAGCCUUGGUUUCUCAAAUGACUGCCUCGCCUGGUUCACCAACUACUUCUCAGAUAGAGUUCAAUGUGUCAAAUCGGAGGGCCUGUUGUCUGGACCUCUGGCAGUCUCUAUGGGGGUGCCACAGGGUUCAAUUCUCGGGCUGACUCUAUUCUCUGUGUAUAUCAAUGAUGUCGCUCUUGCUGCUGGUGACGCUCGGAUCCACCUCUACGUAGACGACACCAUUUUGUAUACAUCUGGCCCUUCAUUGGACACUGUGUUAACAAACCUCCAAACGAGCUUCAACGCCAUACAACACUCCUUCCGUAGCCUCCAACUGCUCUUAAACACUAGUAAAACUAAAUGCAUGCUCUUCAAUCGAACGCUGCUUGCACCCGCCCGCCCGACUAGAAUCACUACUCUCGGCAGGUCUGACUUAGAAUAUACCUAGGUGUCUGGUUAGACUGUAAACUCUCCUUCCAGACUCAUAUUAAGCAUCUCCAAUCCAAAGUUAAAUCCAGAAUCGGCUUCCUAUUUUGCAACAAAGCCUCCUUCACUCAUGCUGCCAAACAUGUCCUCGUAAAACUGACUAUCCUACCGAUCCUUGACUUCGGCGAUGUCAUUUACAAAAUAGCCUCCAACACUCUACUCAGCAAAUUGGAUGUAGUCUAUCACAGUGCCAUCCGUUUUGUCACCAAAGCCCCAUAUACUACCCACCACUGUGACCUGUAUGCUCUUGUUGGCUGGUCCUCACUACAUAUUCGUCGCCAAACCCACUGGCUCCAGGCCAUCUAUAAAUCACUGCUAGGCAAUUCCCCGCCUUAUCUUAGCUCAUUGGUCACCAUAGCAACACCCACCCGUAGUAUGCGCUCCAGCAGGUAUAUCUCACUGGUCAUCCCCAAAGCCAACACCUCCUUUGGCUGCCAUUCCUUCCAGUUCUCUGCUGCCAAUGACUGGAACGAACUGCAAAAAUCUCUGAAGCUGGAGACUCUUAACUCCCUCACUAACUUUAAGCAUCAGUUGUCAGAGCAUCUUACCGAUCACUGCACCUGUACACAGCCCAUCUGAAAUUAGCCCACCCAACUACCUCAUCCCCAUAUUGUUAUUUAUUUUGCUCAUUUGCACCCCAGUAUCUCUAUUUGCACAUCAUCUCUUGCACAUCUAUCAUUCCAGUGUAAAUACUAAUUGUAAUUAUUUUGCACUAUGGCCUAUUUAUUGCCUUACCUCCAUAACUUGCUACAUUUGCACACACUGUAUAUAUAUUUUCUAUUUUGUGUUGUAUUUUUGACUUUAUGUUUUGUUUUACCCCAUAUGUAACUCUGUGUUGUUGUUUUUAUUGCACUGCUUUGCUUUAUAUUGGCCAGGUCGCAGUUGUAAAUGAGAACUUGUUCUUAACUGGCUUACCUGGUGAAAUAAAUAUAAAAAAUUAAACAUUGCUGUGGGGACUUGCUUCCAUUCAGCCACAAGAGCAUUAGUGAAGUCUGGCACUGAUGUUGUGCAAUUAGGCCUGGCUCGCAGUCGGCAUUCCAAUUCAUCCCAAAGGUGUUCGAUGGGGUUGAGGUCAGGGCUCUGUGCAGGCCAGUCAAGAUCUUCCAUACCGAUCUCGACAAACCAUUUCUGUAUGGAUCUCGCUUUGUGCACGGGGGCAUUGUCAUGGGCCUUCCCCAAACUGUUGCCACAAAGUUGGAAGCACAGAAUCGUCUAGAAUGUAAUUGUAUGUUGUAGCGUUAAGAUUUCCCUUCAUUAGAACUAAGGGGCCUAGGUAGAACCAUGAAAAACAGCCCCAGACCAUUAUUCCUACUACACCAAACUUUACAGUUGGCACUAUGCAUUCGGGCAGGUAGCGUUCUCCUGGCAUCUGCCAAACCCAGAUUCGUCCGUCAGUCUGCCAGAUGGUGAAGCGUGAUUCAUCACUCCAGAGAACGCGUAUCCACUGCUCCAGAUUCCAAUAGCGUUCAGCUUUCCACCACUCCAGCCGACGCUUGGCAUUGCGCAUGGUGAUCUUAGGCUUGUGUGCGCCUUCUCGGCCAUGGAAACCCAUUUCAUGAAGCUCCUGACAAACAGUUAUUGUGCUGACGUUGCUUCCAGAGGCAGUUUGGAACUCUGUAGUGAGUGUUGCAACCAAGGACAGAUGAUUUUUGCGCACUACGCGCUUCAGCACUCGGUGGUCCUGUUCUGUGAGCUUGUGUGGCCUACCACUUCGCGGCUGAGCCAUUGUUGCUCCUAAACGUUUCCACUUCACAAUAACAGCACUUACAGUUGACCGGGGCAGCUCUAGCAGGGUCGAAAUUUGACAAAUUGACUUGUUGGAAAGGUGGCAUCCUAUGACGGUACCACGUUGAAAGUCACUGAGCUCUUCAGUAAGGCCAUUCUACUGCCAAUGUUUGGCUAUGGAGAUUGCAUGGUGCUCGAUUUAUACACCUGUCAGCAACGGGUGUGGCUGAAAUAACCGAAUCCACUAAUUUGAAGGGGUGUCCACAUACUUUUAUACAUAUAGUAUAUCUCUACAUUUCCUGGUAAUUUGCAUGUAAUGUUUUUUUUAUGUGUAUCUUUUUGACCAAUUGAAGGCUUCACCUAUUGGUUUUGAAUUUGGGCUUUGACCUCUACAAUGUCACACUUCAGGAUUUCUAGCUUAUAAUAAUAAUAUGCCAUUUAGCAGACGCUUUUAUCCAAAGCGACUUACAGUCAUGCGUGCAUACAUUUUUGUGUUUGGGUGGUCCCGGGGAUCGAACCCACUACCUUGGCGUUACAAGCGCCGUGCUCUACCAGCUGAGCUACAGAGGACCACAUGGACUAACUUGUUUUUUAAAUUCUUAAUUGUAAAAAGUAUUGUUAUCUAUUUCAUUGUGUUUUCUUAAUGGACAUGGUAAAGACAUGGGACAUUUAGUUGUAGCCCUACUAGUGUGCAGUAACCUUCAUCAUUAACAGUUUGACUUAUUGGUAUUUUUCAGGCUACGGGGCGAUGGAAGAUUGGAGCAUUGGCAGGCGAGGUGACAGGUUUCAGUCACGAAUUUCCUGUAUUAUGGAUGGAUUGAGACAGGACAGUCAGUUGAUCUACGUAUAUUGAAUUUAUUUUCAGCUUUGUAUUUCGUUGUUUCUUCUUGCAAAGCUUUUAAAAGUUUCCUAUUCAUCUUGUGUUGAUUUACACUGUGUGAAACACAUAUACAGAAUUAUAUUUAAGAGUUGAUUAGUCACUUAUGGUCAGUGAUAUCCCUAUUAUAUUCUAUGUUGCUUUUUGUUAUGUCCUAAAUGA